AUGCCUUCACCUAGGAGGCUCGUGACACCUGAUGAUCAAACGCUGACAUGCUUCUUUGACGAUGCUGCGCGUACGCUUGGAGAGGAAAAUGUUUCGCGUGUCCCUCACCACGGCGCACUCCGAGGGCCUCAGAACCAAGACUCGUACGGCGAUCCCUUCUCGACGGCCAGCACCCACCAACCGAGCGGCGCCGUUCGCCCUAGAUGCGUGGAAGAAAUCCAGGAAAUUGUCAAGCUUGCGAAUGGAUACAAGGUGCCUUUGUGGACUGUUUCCAGGGGAAAGAAUCUUGGAUAUGGCGGAUCCAACCCCGUUGUCAAGGGAUCUGUUGUACUCGAUCUCCAUCGGAUGAACAGAAUCCUCGAUAUCAACGAAGAAUACGGCUAUGCUGUUGUGGAGCCCGGGGUGUCCUUUUUCGAUUUAUACGAAAAGAUCCAACACAGAGCCCUGAAUCUGUGGCCUUCCGUUCCGGCAAUUGGCUGGGGUUCGGUUGUAGGGAAUACCCUGGAUCGUGGAUUCGGAUAUACGCCCGAUGGAGAGCAUUCCCAAUCACAGUGUGGUAUGGAGGUCGUUUUGCCUAAUGGGGAUCUGCUUCGCACGGGUAUGGGAGCGAUGAAGAGCAAUAAGACAUUUGCGCUUUACAAGGGUGGGUUGGGACCCGGCCUGGACAGCAUCUUCUACCAGUCCAAUCUUGGAAUCGUCACUCAGCUUGGAAUCCAUAUGACGCCCGCCCCAGAAGCCUACGCCACAGUCCAAGUCAGUGUUCCCCGGGAAAGCGACCUUGUUCCGCUGGUCGGUACUCUCUCAGACCUCAUGCGUCGUUCUAUUAUUCUGAACUCGUCAUCCAUCGCAAAUACCUUCCGCCUCGCAUUGACGUCCGAGAUCCCGGAAGUCCAAGCCAAACUGGCGCAGUACAUGAAGCCAGACUCCCACGUUCCCUACCCUAUUCUAGACGAAAUCCGGAGGGACCAGGAUUGGGGAUUCUGGAAAGCAUACUUCGGCCUCUACGGCUCAGUAGAGAUGCUUCCUGCCCUGCUCAAGACAGUCCAGCGCGCAUUCCGCGGUAUUGCAGGCGCCAGAAUCGAGUGGCGCGAGUUCCCCGGUACGCCCGGACAGGCUAUCAAAGCUGCCGAGAUCAGUAGCGAGGAAGUUCCUCACAGUGGCAUCCCGUCGCUUGCAGCGCUGGGGAUCGUCAACAGUCGCUCGGAACCAGGCGGCGGGCACAUUGACUACUCCCCGAUCCUACCCCCUUCUGGCCGCGAGCUGUACGAGUGGUACCUAACGGCCAAAGCGCGCACGAUCGACGCAAACUUUGAUUUUUUUGCGGAUUUCCAUGUCUACCCGCGUUAUGUGGUUGGUAUCGAGCUCGUUAUAUACGCCCUUGGUGAGGAGCCGCGCGUCCAUGAGCUGUACAGGAAUCUCGCGCGAGAUGGUGCGGCGCAAGGGUAUAUCGCCUAUCGCACGCAUGUAAGCCAUAUGGAUGAUCAAGCCAGGAGGUUGGACUUUAACGGCCAUGCAAUUACGCGCUUUACUGGCUCGCUGAAGGAUUUCCUCGACCCGAAUGGGAUUCUCUCGCCGGGGAAGUCGGGGAUAUGGAAUACGAAAAGCUCUUAG